AUGUGGAAACAUUACAAAUUUGAUCCUCAAUCAAUUAAUUUAUCAUGUCAUACAGAUGAAAAAUUUAAUCAUUUUGAUACAUUAUUACAUUGCGAAUGGGAUCGUGCCCUUGCACAAGGUUAUUUUUCUUAUAACAUGGAUCACAAUAUAAAAAAACGAAUACUUGAUGGUGAUCUUCAUUAUGUAAUCGAAUUAAAUCCUAGUCGAUUUGAAAAACGUCGAAUGCCACAUCCAUUUGAACAUGUCAAUACACCAUUUGAUAGAAGCAAAUUUAAUUUUAAUAAAAUUAAAGAUGAAGAAAUUCUUUUUGUUUUAGAUGAUGAACAACAAACUGAUAAAAAUUUAGUUAUUAUUAAUAAUUCACCUAUUCGUUUGUAUCAGGUAUUACUCGUACCAAAUCGUCAACUUGAACAAUCACAAAUUUUAACAAUUGAUUGUCUUUUAUUUGGACUUCGUUUUGUUGCUUCAAGUGCUUAUCCAUUUAUCUAUAUUGGUUUUAAUUCACUUUGUGGUUAUGCAUCAAUUAAUCAUCUUCAUCUUCAUGGAAUCUAUAUGCCCAAUCGUUUAUAUAUUCAGACAAUUAAAUGUUCUCCGUUUCAUAUUAAUUCAAAUUGUUAUCUUUUCGAUUUAUUCGAUGUGCAAGGAUUUGCUUUCGAAAUAAAACAUGUUGGUGAAUUUGAUACAAUUGCUCGACAUAUUCAUACAGUGACAAAUUAUCUUGUUUCAUCUGACAUUGCUCAUAAUAUGACGAUUAUGAAAGGCGAUUCAUUUUCAUCAUCAUUAGAACCAGUUAUACGUAUAUUUGUUUGGUUUCGUCAAUCGACUAAAGGAGCGAAAACAUUUCAUCAAUGGAAUAUUGGUUGUCUAGAACUUUCGGGUUAUACUUUUCUUCAAUAUGAAGAAUUAUUGAAUGACUCAACUGAAUUGAAAUUACGACAAUCUAUAAAUGAAAUAGCUUUAUCAUCAGAAGAACAAAAGAAAAUAAAAGAAGAUGUGAAAAAUUUAUUGAAUCAAUAG